UGAACUUAUUUUUCAGCGUGCUGUACACAUUUAUAUAGCCUGCAUGAAACAACACCGUAAGAACGACCGGGGCGAAGUAAGGUGCGCUUUUUGUAGUCCAUCUUCAGAACAAUGUAGUUUCACCACAGCAGACCUACGUCAAUAACAUCCGCCGUCGCGUGAUUACGUAGCCCGGUGUAAGUACAGUCGGACUCUCAGCACCGCAGUUGUCUUUUCCUCCUCAUGACUUCUCCUUCACAUCUUUCCUUGACCUCGUGGCGUUUUCCAUCGAGGUCAAGGAAAAGUGGUUAGAGAAAGACGACCACCAGUCAGAGAGGAGACCUGCUGGAUUUCACAGACCAGGUCCACCAGAAGAGCUAAUGGAGGAGAACCAGAACCCGGAGUACCGCAUCGACAUCCCCAUUAAAAGGGAAGAGUCAGGUUCACCCUCUGCUAGCGAUGAACAGAAACAAACAAGAAGAAAGGGACUCAAACAUCACUGCUGUCAGCACUGUGACAAAGCCUUCACGACAUCCAGUUAUUUAAAGAGUCAUCAGAAAGUUCACACAGGAGAGGAACUUCACAGCUGCGACCAAUGUGGAAGAACUUUCGUUAGACACAGUCAUCUUAAAAGCCACCUACGCAUUCACACCGGAGAGAAGCCGUACAGCUGUGACCAAUGUGGGAAAACCUUCGUUAGAGACAGUCAUCUUAAAAGCCACCUACGCAUUCAUACUGGAGAGAGGCCGUACAGCUGUGACCAAUGUGGGAGAGCUUUCGCUCAAGACAAUCAACUUAAAAGCCACCAACGCAUUCAUACUGGAGAGAAGCCGUACUGGUGUGAACAAUGUGGGAAAACUUUCACUCAAUACACUGGUUUAAAAAGCCACCAACGCAUUCAUACUGGAGAGAGGCCGUACUGGUGUGAACAAUGUGGGAAAACUUUUGCUCAAUACACUGGUCUAAAAAACCACCAACGCAUUCACACUGGAGAGAAGCCGUACUGGUGUGAGCGAUGUGGGAAAACUUUCACUCAAGACCGUUACCUUAAAAACCACCAACGCAGUCACACUUGAGAGAAGCCGUACUUGUGUGAACAAUGUGGGAAAACUUUUGCUCAAUACACUGGUCUAAAAACCCACUAACACAUUCACACUGGAGAGAAACUGUACUGGUGUGAUCAAUGUGGGAUAACUUUCACUCAGGGCGCUAACUUAAAAGCCCACCAACGCAGUCAUUCAGCAUCGUGUUGAACAUGUUUUAGAGGCAGGUUAGCGACUCCUCUUGAGCUUCUCUACAAACUGAGGACUGCCAAUUGUAACUUCAGAAUCAGCUUGUAUGCCAUUAGUGGCCCUUGUGACCAAAUUUUAAUCUCUUGAUAGGUUGUAGUUCACUUCUACCCUGAAAGGUUGUUUUGUUUUUUUCACCUUGAGUUUCAUGUCGAUCCAAGUCGUAGAAAUGCUUAAAAUAUGACUCAUGUAACAUUGUAACACAAUCUAAAAAGGUUUUGACCCAAAACAUCUAUCAUGUAAACAGCCUGUGUAGUGUGUGCUGUCAUUUGUUUAUUAGGCUCCCCAUUAGUUGCUACUCGGGUGGCAACUAUUUGUCCCGGGGUCCAUAAGUAGCUCAGGUCUGGGCAAAAUGCUCCUUGAAAUGAAAUGGUUAGAUUAUUAAUAGUGAAGCAUCAGUGUUAGAGCAGCAUGUUACUGUUGUAGCUGCUGGAGGUGGAGC